UUUUCUCCACACAUAGUCACUUUGAGAAUGUCACGCCUGUUGCAAAUAUAGUUGAAGUUUUACGCGUAUGUAGCUACAAUUGUAUAUGUAUUGGAGUACGUAUUUAUCUCCUAAUUACUAUACACGUAAUACACUGAUUCAGAAAACUCUUUGUUUCAUUGGUUGCUGAAAACCUUGCCCCACUUAUUAACGUUUAUAAGAAACUUUGUAAUCUGGUGGUCACUUAUUUUAAAUUUUCAUCGAAACUAUUAACAGUAUUAUAUUGAGGGUGAAUUUAAUUCCCUACACAAAUCAGUCUUGUAUCGCGACGAAUGAAAUCAAAAAAUAUAUCGAUUAUUUAACCUUUUGUACAUAUAUGUGUGUGUGGACCAUACAAAUUAUCACAGAAGAGACAGAACUGGCUUAACACCGUUUGGCUUUUCUCUUUUUGGACACUAAAAAAGAAAAGAAAAGAAAGAAAGAAAAAAAGCGGAAUAUUCUGUUUUAUAAAUUUAUACGUUUUCAUCUUAUAUUCUUCCAUUAUGUCAGCUCUUGUUGACAUUUCGAAUUUUGUGGAACAAGCACAAGGCCAGUAAUUUCGGAGGAGGGGGCUAGUCAAUUAUCUCAACCCCCAGUGCUCAGCUGGUUCUUAUUUUAUUGACACCGAAAGGAUGAAAGAUUUAUUUUACUCAUUAUUUCCCGAUUUCAAAAUGAGUGGCGGACAACCAAAGUCUUUGAGUUAUGGAAAUUCCCCUAACAUUCCAAUCUUUGAAAUUGGAGGAAAUGAAAAUGAAUUCGGAGUGGUCCAGUCUCCACAUAGUGACAGUUAUAUCCAUUCACAUCUUCGAGACAGACAAGCGAAAGGACCAUGGGUAGAUAAGGAAGCAUUAAAACCAAUGGAAAUUAACCUGAAACCCACCAAAUUACCAUCGUUAGUUCAACAAGAAAACAAUCCACAGUUAACAAAGUCACAGAGCUCCAAAGAAUUAUCAGUACCAAAAUUUUCCUCAGUCUUUGAUGAAUGUCAAGAGGAAAUGUUCCAACUUGAUGAUGAGGCUGAAGAUCUAAUGCCUUUGACUCUCUCUCAAGCAACAAAACAAAGGAAAAUGUCAAAAUCUCAUGAUGUAUUGAAUGAAACCAUAUUAGAGAUGUCUCGAUCAUCUGAAACAUGUGAAAAAAGCAAAAGUUCUUUGUAUCGGUUCAAGAGCGAUUCAAACUUGAAUCAUGAGAGGUCCGACAUGACCCUUGUAGAGAAAGUUUCCUUAUUGAAUUUAACGGCGGCAAAAAAUUCAGGAGAUGUGAAACCCAUGACCACUCGGCGCCAAGUAUCCCAUGAAAGCUUUGACUGUGACAUCUCUGAUUCCGAAAGUAAACUGAAGAAUUGGUUCUUAAAAAAGCCAGUAUCAAUUUCAAAACGAGAGAUCAAUGCCAUUGCACCAUUUCCCUGAUCUGCUGUUCAUGUCUUGGUAUUUGCUUUGUCGUUAAUGUUCUGUUGGAUCUUAAGAUAAACUAAAACAAUAUUAAAACAGGAAGUAUAUUCUUCUGAACUCAAAUAUUGCUUUUAGUAUGACAAUCUACAGAAGAAUCUCCAGAGAUGUUAAAGCAUCCUCUAAUGUCAAGGCUUUUCAUUAUUGGAUGUUUGAACUAAAUUUUCUUUCUUUGUGAUAUUAAUUUAAUUUAUCUAUUUGUUUCCUUUAUUUUAUUUUGAAACGUUCAAUUAUGAAAUUCCAACAUGUACAAAAAAGUUAUAUGUGUAUGCAUACCACAAUGUUUGGGUAUAAAUUACUGUGUGCAUGCUUAUAUAUAUAUAUCGUGAAAGAGAGAAAGUGAGAUGUUAGGGCAUAAAUGUAUGCGUAUACACUCACACACACAUUACUGCUUAAACUUUAAAACCCAGUACAGUAAUAUAAUAACUGUAUAAAAUGAAAUGACUCCUGAAACUGUAUGUUCAGAAAUUACCCCAAUUUCACAGAAUGUAUAUGAGUAAAUAACAAAGAGUAUAUUUUAAAAUUCUAGUUUAUUAUAAAACAUUGGAUCAUUGACUUGAACAGUUGCUCUUUGGUCCUUCUGAUUUCUUAUUAUUUUCUGAAAUUUUUCUGAGGAAAGUGUUGCUCUGCUAAUAAUUUCUUUUAUUUAUUUUAAUUCUUUUAAACAUUAAAACAGGGCCAAUAUUUGUCAGCAGAAUUGCUUCCACCUCAGACUAAAUAUGUUUCAAAAAUUACCUCCAACAAAAAGAAACCCCCUAACUUGUGCCUCUUGCAAUAUUCAAAAACCUACUGACCAUUAAUUGGUAGACUUAGAAAAAUGCUCUUAUGACUGAUUUACAAAUUAUCUGAAUUAUAAAAAUAUUUAGAGGAUCACUAAGUUUUACAGUGUGUGUGUGUGUAUAUGUGAUUUGCAUAAACAUGUAGGAAUCAAAGAGCAGGAUGAAAUAAAUUCCUGUAUCCAGCUUAGCACAUGAGUACAUUACCAUUUUGUUCAGUUUUAUGAGCAGAUGCCAUUGUAUUGUUCAACUGUGCAAAUGGUUUAUUAGAAUCCUAUUUAUUGUCUUAUUUUAUGUGAUCCCACAGCGAAGACUUACCAAUUUGUUAAGGCACUGCUCACCAAUGAAUGAAUGAAUUGUUUGCUAUAUGGAUUUUGCAUUUUCAAGAAAUAGAAUUCUUUUGUUUGUGAGAAUUUCUGCAUUUUGGUAGUUCUCUACUCUAAGAUAUGUAAAGAAUAAGUUUUGUAAUCUCUGUCUUUCACAUACAUCUGUAUUCUGGAUUGUUUGUGUAGCACAAUGGUUCAUGCUGAAUUCCCUUCCUUAUACCAGCUUUUGUGAUACUGGAAUGAGCUAUGUCUAACAUAAGUAGAAAAAUUCAUGUUGCCAGAAUAUGCAGCAUUGUCAACUCUAUACUGGUUUUCUCUUAGAGUUUCUCAUUUUCCUAAAUAUGUUGCCUUAAUUAUGGAUACUCUUUGUUGAAAGUUAAUAAUUCUGUUUCCCUCCUUCAACCUCAUUAUCCAUAACAGAAGAAAUUUCCACUAUAACUGAAUAUGUAAACCAAUUAAAUAGACUUUUGUAAACAAGGGUAGAAUCAGGUAUCUAAUGAUAGAUGCCAUCAGUGAAUAUGUUUCUUACAUUAGUUAUGUUAUCAUCAGAGUAUAUCACCCUCCUAGUUAUUACUGGAUGUCUUAUGGUCAGGGUUUAAGGAGGUGAAGUUCUUCAUCGCUCACUGAUCUAGUAGACAGGUGAAAUUUCUUCAAAAGGCUAGAGAAAUAUGUGGAUACUGGGGACCUUUCAAGAAAGAUGAGUAGACCAGUAAGUAGAUAGAUGACAAAGAGUAAAUUUAGCUUGCUGCUGCUGUUUCUUGAGAGAACCUCCCUCCUUGAUUGUGUAUAUUUAUAUAAGUAUGUAUAUAGAAUAUUAUAUAUAUGCAUAUAUCUAUGUAUAUAUAUGUAUAUAUAUGUAUAGCAGUAAAAACCUGUUCUAAAGUUACAUUUAGUUUCUUAAUACUAAGGAUACUGCUACAAUAACAGUAUUCCAUUAAGAAAAUCUUACGAAAUCUACCACCUACGAUGUCUCCUAAAGAGAGAGAAAAAAACAAAAAACAAAGGAAAUUGUUUCAAAAUCUGGUGACAAUCUAAUGUUAAAUUGUGAAGAAGAAAAAAAAAACCUGUAAAGAAUAAAAAAACUGCAGUUUAACAUAA